AUGGCGGAUCCUAACACAAACGACUUCUGGAAGCUAUCUACAGAAACAUCAAAAACCAGCCACAAACCAAAAUCAUCCUCCAAUUCCAGAAUGUUCUCAUGCCUCUACUGCACUCGUAAGUUCUGCACUUCUCAAGCGUUGGGAGGUCACCAAAAUGCCCACAAGAGAGAAAGAGCGGCCAACAGAAGAACAUUCACCGCCGGCGGUCUCCUCCUCCCACCACAUUUCUCUUAUUGGCUCCAUCCACGUUCUCCUAUCCACUAUGCCUCCAGUGGCGGGUCCACCUCAGCUCCUCUAGGUGUUUUUGGUGUUGGAACAUUAACCCCAGGACCAUUUUCUCCUAACAACGAUUCGACUGACCACGUAAACCUCGAUCUAAUACUCCGUUUGUAA